AGGAUGGCCCAGCAGCGCCACGCCGCGCCCCCCCCGCUCAAGACAGAAGAGGAUUACAUCCCCUACCCCAGCGUGCACGAGGUGCUGGGCCGGGAGGGGCCGUUCCCCCUCAUCCUGCUGCCGCAAUUUGGGGGCUACUGGAUCGAGGGCACCAACCACCAGCUGAGUGGGGCACCUGAGCCCCCCCCGACCCCGGCAGCUGGCACCCGGGCCAGGCUGGAGGGCAACCACACGGCCAAGAUCUACCGCAAGCACUUCCUGGGCAAGGAGCACUUCAACUACUACUCCCUGGACCCGGCGCUAGGCCACCUUGUCUUCUCCCUCAAGUAUGACGAGCAGGAGCACCUCCACCUGCUGCUGCGCACCCGCACCCGCACCCUGCACGAUGUGGUGCCCAUCUCCUGCCUGGCCGAGUUCCCCAAUGUGGUGCAGAUGGCCAAGCUGGUGUGCGAGGACGUCAACGUGGAUCGCUUCUACCCCGUGCUCUACCCCAAGGCAUCCCGCCUUAUCCUUGCCUUCGACGAGCACGUGCUCAGCAACCACUUCAAAUUUGGCGUCAUCUACCAAAAGCUGGGGCAGACCUCCGAGGAGGAGCUCUUCGGCACCACGGAGGAGAGCCCGGCCUUCGCCGAGUUCCUCGACGUCCUGGGCCAGCGGGUGCAGCUGCGCGACUUCAAGGGGUUUCGGGGCGGGCUGGACGUGACGCACGGGCAGACGGGCAGCGAGUCGGUGUACUGCCACUUCCGCGACAAGGAGAUCAUGUUCCACGUCUCCACCAAGCUGCCCUACACCGAGGGUGAUGCCCAGCAGCUGCAGCGGAAGCGCCACAUCGGCAACGACAUCGUGGCCAUCGUCUUCCAGGACGAGAACACCCCCUUCGUGCCCGACAUGAUCGCCUCCAACUUCCUGCACGCCUUCGUGGUGGUGCAGCUGGAGCAGGGCGGCCCCCAGGGCACCCUCUACAAGGUCUCGGUCACCGCCCGCGACGACGUGCCCUUCUUCGGCCCGCCGCUGCCCGACCCCGCCAUCUUCAGGAAGGGCCCCGAGUUCCAGGAGUUCCUGCUCACCAAGCUGAUCAACGCCGAGUACGCCUGCUACAAGGCGGAGAAGUUCGCCAAGCUGGAGGAGCGGACGCGGGCGGCGCUGCUGGAGACGCUGCACGAGGAGCUGCAGGGCCGCAGCCAGGCCAUGCUGGGGCUGGGCCCCGACGACGAGCGCCCUGACAAUGGCUCCGCCACCCCCGGCUUCUUCGAGUCCUUCAAGUCGCUGCUGGUGCCCGGGAGCCGCCGGGGACGCCGCGGCAGCGCCAUCGGGCUGGGCUCGGUGGAAGAGGCGCUGCUGGUGCCCGGGAAGAGCCCGUCCCGGCGGCGGCCCGGCCCGCUCGGCUCCCGCCGCUCCAGCGCCAUCGGCAUCGAGAGCAUCCAGGAGGCGCCGCCCGGCAGGGACGGCCCCGCCGCCAACACCGACGGCGCCGGCUCCGCGCACAGCUCCCCCGAGAGCCGCCGGCACCCGGACAGGACAGCCGCUCGCCCUCGGGGACCCCCCGCCAGCGCGACGCCUUCACCGACCCCCCCUGGCCAGAGGAGCCCCUCGGCACCCCCCCAGGUAGCCCAGCCCUGGGGCGUUGGGGGGGGGGGGGGGGGGGGGGAGAGGGGGCACCCAUGGGUGCUCACAGCCCCCCCCCCCACCCCCCCCCGAUCAAAAUCCAGCUGGAGCGGCCCCCCCCGACCCCGGGCUCGUAGCCGUGCCCACCCCCCAAAUCCUGGGGGGCCACCGCCGGAGGAGGGUCCCCGCCGUGCCCCCCCCCCCCGCCGUGCCGCCCGCCGCUUCGCCCCCUCCCCCGCCCCCGUCGCUCGUGUGCCAGGAGCCGAAGCCAUCGUCCCCGUGCUGAGCCCCCAAACUGCUGAGAAGCCCCUGGGCAGCAAAUGGCCUUAA